UUCUCGAUCACCCACGAACUAUCCAAAGAAUCCCCAUUCUCGAUCACCCACGAACUAUCCAAAGAAUCCCCAUUUUCACACACUAACCAAUCAACACUCUCUGAACUACUAAAACACAAGCCAUCACUGACCCAAACUAAACAAAUACAUGCCCAAAUCAUCACUCAAGCCUUAGCUCAAAACACCUUUGUUAUUGGAAAUCUAAUACAGGCCUACACUAACUGUAAAAACCUCUAUUUUGCACGAACUGUAUUUGAGCAUUACUCAUCUAAAGCACCCACAUUUCUGUGGAACCUUAUGAUACAAGCCUAUUCCAAGACACCCACCUCACAAGAAUCUCUAUAUCUCUUCCAACAAAUGCUUUUUCUUGAUGGGUCCACUUUUGCCAAUCCAGACAAAUAUACCUUCAAUUUUGUCAUCACAGCUUGUUCGUGCGAAUCUACGUUCUUCGGUUAUGGCCAAAAUGUUCAUGCAAUGGUGCUUAAAAAUGGGUAUGAUUCAAAUUUAUUUGUGGGAAAUUCAUUGGUUAAUUUGUAUGCAAGUUUGUCAAGAAUGGUUAAUGGUCAGAGGGUGUUUGAUGAAAUGCCCUAUAGAGAUAUAAUAACUUGGACUAGUUUAGUUAGAGGGUAUACUAUGUGUGGGGAUAUAGUAAAAGCCGAAGAAUUGUUCUUAAAGAUGCCGGAAAAGAAUGAUGUCUCGUGGGCGGUAAUGGUGGCGGGUUAUGUUGUGCGUGAAUUGUAUAGCAAUGCGCUUACAUGUUUCAAUGACAUGUUGGGUGAUGAUAAGGUUAGGCCUAAUGAGGCAGUUUUUGUAAGUGUACUAUCAGCUUGUGCUCAUCUUGGGGCACUGGAUCAAGGGAAAUGGAUACAUGUUUUUAUGGACAAGACCGGGACUCUAGAAAGCCCCAAUAUUUCAACUGCUUUAAUUGAUAUGUAUGCAAAAUGUGGGAGGAUAGAUUGUGCAAAACAAGUUUUCGAUGGGAUUGGUAAAAGGGAUCUCCACACAUGGACGAGCAUGAUAUCGGGAUUAUCCAUGCAUGGGCUUGGUAAGGAAGCUCUUGAAGUAUUCUCGGAUAUGCUAGGGGAAGGAGUUAAACCAGAUAACAUUACUAUUCUUGGUGUGCUAAAUGCAUGCAGUCAUUCAGGCCGAGUUGAGGAGGGUCUUUCAAUUUUUUAUGAUCUGGAGCGUUUGUGGGGGAUUGUGCCCAAGCUUGAGCAUUAUGGUUGUUUAAUAGACCUUCUUAGUCGUGCCGGCCGGCUUGAAAGUGCCUUUGAAGCGGUCAAGAGCAUGCCCAUGGAACCUGAUAUUGUUAUUUGGAGAGCCUUGCUUAGUGCUUGUAGAGUUCAUGGUAAUGUAGGACUUGGGGAAAGAAUUAUAAAGUACAUUGCUCAGCUAAAUCCUGGUUCUCAUGGCGGAGGGUAUGUACUUCUUUCCAAUUUGUAUGCGUCUAUGGGCCAGUGGGACAGUGUAAUCAAAGUGAGGAAAGCCAUGAGUCAGAAAGAGAUCAAAUCAAGCCCUGGUUGCAGUUAUAUUGAGAUUGAUGGUGCAGUUCAUGAAUUUCUUGCCGCAGAUCGGUUGCAUCCUAAGAUUUUGGAGAUAAACAAUAAGUUAAACGAGGUUAUGAAGAGAAUAAGUUUAGAGGGUGGUUACCUUCCCAUCACAAAUCAAGUUCUGUUUGACUUGAGUGAGGAAGAGAAAGAACAAGCAAUAUCUUGGCAUAGUGAAAAGCUGGCUGUUGCUUUUGGGUUAAUGAGUACAGUGGAGGGUACUCCCAUUCGAGUAUUCAAGAAUCUACGAAUAUGUGAAGAUUGUCACUCUGCUAUGAAGGCUAUAUCCCAGGUUUUUGAGAGAGAGAUUGUGGUGAGAGAUCGCUCUCGUUUUCAUACUUUCAUUGCUGGAAAAUGUUCAUGUACUGAUUUUUGGUAG